CACGCUGGGCUAAGCAGGAGCUCGCCUGCCGCCUCGUUCGUUGCUUUCCGUUUUCUCCGCUUUUUGGUUUUUUUUAUUGGCGAAGGAAAUGCUGGAAUGCUGGCGGGCGCUUUGGGAGUUUGGUGGCCCAGGGCUAGGGGGGUCCCAUCCGAGCGAAGUGGCCGGUAGUACCUGCACUCGCUGCUCACCCUGACGUGCCCAGACCCCGCCUGUUGCGGCGACUCAGACUGCGGGUCCCUGCGGCUACCGAGCCCCGAGGGUCGCCCCCAGCCCCGCAGUGCAUGCGAGCUGGAGGAAAAGAGCUAUCCCUUCUCUCGGUGCCGGACAUCCGCAGCGUGACGCCGGGCUCGGCUCGGCUCAGCUCGGCUCUUCCCUUCCCGUCGGCCGGCUCCCGGCGCCGUGAUUGACAUCGCCGGCCCCUCCGCCCGCCCCGCAGCACAUCCCAUCCCUCCCCGGCGGCCGCUCGCCGUGCCCGGGAGGCGGGGAAGGGCCUCCCCAGCCCUUUGACACCGUCUCGGCAGGAGUUUCACUUCGCUUUCGCCGCCGUCGCCGCCACUUCUGCAGGCAAACACCCCCGGCUUCCAUGUGACGCCUCCCAGCCACUGAAUGGGGAAAGCGCCUAUAAGGGAGACACUUUCCCUUCGUGCAGGAGAAAAGGAGGGGACGAGGGGGGCAGAAGCAGGAGGUGGUGGUUGAGGGAAAGGGAAGACAGAAAAUGAAUUAAUAAAUCGUAGGGAACGAAUUGGGGAGGGGGAGGGUGGUGAGAAAUGGACACCCCGGGAAAGAAAUUAGUGGGAUUAUUUAUUUGUUGCCCCCCGGUCCCGUCUGGCUGACAGAGCUCGGUCCACCGUUGCGGUGCUCGGCGCUAGCUACAAAAGGACCCGUCGCCGCCGCCGAGCAAGCAGGGAAAGGAGAGCUGGAGGAGCGCCGCGGCGGCCGCAGCGCGCCCGCCCGCCCCGGCUGCCGCCCUCAGAAGAUGCACUUCAGCACCGUCACCAGGGACAUGGAAGCUAUCUCCAGCCCCUGGCUCACCCAGCUGUCCCAUUUUUGCGAUGUUGCAGCUUUCACGGCCAACAGCCUGAGCAGCCUGAACGCCUCCGGGGGGUACCACCUCUCCCCCUCCCCGGGGGACCCGUACGGACAGCAUGAGCCGCCGCACUACGAGCCCUGCACGGCUCAGCAGCACCCGCACCCGCCGCCCCAGCACGGCUACCCUUUCAGCGGGGCGGCGGCGGCGGCGGCCGGGACCAACCCGCCGCCCCCAGGCCCCGAGCAGCCCGAGGGCGCCGGUGGAGCCGCUGCGGGGCCGGCCGCAGUCUCGGGCUGCUCUGCGGGGGCGGCCGCAGCGGCCAAGGCGCCGGUGAAGAAGAACCCGAAGGUGGCCAACGUGAGCGUCCAACUAGAGAUGAAGGCGUUGUGGGACGAGUUCAAUCAGCUGGGCACCGAGAUGAUCGUCACCAAAGCAGGCAGGCGCAUGUUCCCCACCUUCCAGGUGAAGAUAUUUGGGAUGGACCCUAUGGCUGACUACAUGCUCCUCAUGGAUUUCGUCCCGGUGGAUGACAAGAGAUACCGGUACGCCUUCCACAGUUCCUCCUGGCUGGUGGCUGGCAAAGCCGACCCCGCCACCCCCGGGAGAGUCCACUACCACCCGGACUCCCCGGCCAAAGGGGCGCAGUGGAUGAAGCAGAUAGUUUCCUUCGAUAAGCUCAAACUGACCAACAAUUUGCUGGAUGACAACGGGCAUAUCAUUUUGAACUCCAUGCACAGAUACCAGCCGCGUUUUCACGUGGUCUACGUGGACCCCCGGAAAGACAGCGAGAAAUACGCGGAGGAGAACUUCAAAACUUUCGUCUUCGAGGAGACGCGCUUCACGGCAGUGACCGCCUACCAGAACCACCGGAUCACGCAGUUGAAGAUUGCAAGCAACCCUUUUGCCAAGGGAUUCAGAGACUGUGACCCUGAGGACUGGCCCAGGAACCACAGGCCAGGGCCUCUUCCUCUCAUGAGCGCUUUUGCCAGAUCCCGGAAUCCAGUCUCUUCCCCAGCCCACCAGAAUGGGACAGAGAAAGAUGCUGCCGAGAGCCGGCGGGAGUUCGAGCGGGAGGCAGGCGGGACGGCGCUGCACCAGGCCGAGGCCGCGCACCAGCAGCUCAUGUCCCGCGUGCUCAGCCCGGCGCUGCCGGGCGGAGGAGGCGGGCUGGUGCCGCUGGCCGGGGCGGGCGGCGGCCGGCCCAGCCCGCCGCACCACGAACUGCGCCUGGAGCCCGCCGCGUCGGAGCCGCUGCACCACCAUCCCUACAAGUACCCGCCGGCGGCGGCCGCCGCCUACGACCACUACCUGGGGGCGAAGAGCCGGCCCGCCCCCUACCCCCUCCCCAGCAUCCGCGGGCACAGCUACCACCACCAUCAUCACCACCACAUGAACGCCGCGGCUGCGGCAGCGGCGGCCGCGAACAUGUACUCGCCGGCCGGAGCACCCGCCGGCUACGACUACGGGCCCCGGUAACGGGGCACCGGCGGCACGAGAGACACCGCCCUCCCCCUUCCCGCCUUUCCCCCACCUCCCGCCUUACGAGUGAGCUGAUUGGCCAGCUUGACCUGAUCGACAGCCAGACAGCCCAAUCGCCGGCAGCCGGGCCCCGCCCUGCGCCCCGCCCUGUGGGGGCUGUGAGGGUGGCGGUGCCGGGAGCUCCAUCGCGGUGUGACCCGCGGCUGCACUUUGAUAAAUGAAGCCAUAUGUCCUUA